UACAUCAAACGGAAUGUAAUUAUGCAACAUUGAUUCGCAAUAAACUGAAUAUUAACAUGGACUGCCUGAAAUUCUUCGACGAGAUGAUCUAUAAAGGUGUAAGAUAUUCUUGUAAAGGUUACUUUGUUUCCACAUUCGAAAAUGAUAUUGCAUUUUAUGUCAUAUUGAAAAUUAUUGUGAUUAACAAUGAAUCUGUACGACUAUUUUGCCAAAAAUUGAGAGAUGUUGAGUUUAAAGAGCAUUUUAUCGGUUAUCUAGUUGAUACUACUAAUUUAGGAUCAAUUUCAAUCCUUUCCAUGAACGACAUAGUAGGACCUCCAAUCACUGUAAUCAAAUCACCUAGAGGUCAGACUAUUUUGAGACCAAAAGAGUUUUUUAGAAGCAUCUAAUUUCCACAAAUUACGAUCUAAUCUAUUCAUUAUAAUUAAGCUGUUGUAGACGUCGAUUCCUUGUAUAAACUGCAAAUUUAGCCUACGGACAUUCAUGGAGUCAAAUCAACUGAUAAGUCGAAAUAAAGUGGGGGAACUGUAAAAUAAUAACUCAAAUAUAACGUAUUUUCUUCUCAGCUUGUACGGUUUUUCGUCCCCGUUUCGACUAAAAAUAGAGAAAACCACUAGUUCACAUAGAAUGACUUGCAGUUUGUACAACGAAUGAACGUCCUAAACCAGACUCACGACUCUUUCCAAUUUAUUAUAUUUCUGUUAUUAUGUAUCUCUGAACUAUUUCUCUGAGAAAAUGGUACUGAUAAGGGAGCAUACGUACGAUUUUCAUAUACAGGUUGAGCUUUCAAAAUUAGCAAUGGAAACUUUGGAAUUCGGGAUCAACGAAAAUGAUGAAGAAUAUGGGUUUUUAAUGAACAACAGUAGCCUAAGAAGAGCCUUGUCAGCGGACCUUACUGCGUCUGAUUCCAUUCUCCUUGACAUAACAAACAGAGAAGACAACCAAAUGAGCGCUUGCUUGAGCGCUGAUGUUCUAGAAUUACAGACAUUAUUGACUAACUGGAAGCUUGAUCGUUUGCUGAAUCAUUUAGUAGAUCAGAAGGUUUUCGUGCCUCAGCUCAAAAUGAUGGGGAGACACCAUGUGCGGGAGUUGCUCGAAAAAUAUGACGUUGGAACGCGAAUUGAAUUCGAGCACUAUCUCUCACUCUGGAGACAAUCAAUUGGUAUCCCUCUAAAUUCCUAUGAAACUGGCCCCACUGGAAGUGGUAUGACAAGGCAGCUCGCAAGCACAUCCAUCUGGGUGGACAAUCUUGAACCAUCAGACAUAAGGUCACCGUGUUCAUCCCAUCAUUCAACCGAUGCGGGAUCAGGUGCCAAAGUGCUAUUGGCAACUAUUCUGAAAGACUCCCCGAAAGCAGCGCUGUUGAUGGAAUACUGGGAAAAAAAUUCGAAAUUUGAAAACGAACAGAGAGGAGCCCUGAUCAGUUUAAUAGCAAGAUACUUCGAGGAUAAUCGCAUCCCCAUGACAAUGGCAGCAAGCUAUCAAUUGGAACGAGAGAUAGUCGAGAGAUUUCCGACUGUGAAGCUGGUAAGUUGGGCUUAA